CAGAGUCUAAACGAUCGAGGACCACCUUGAUUGUCUAUAUAUAUUAAGCUUGAUGCAAGGCUUAUCGUUAUAUAUUUAGAAGUAGCAGUUAAGAGAGAAUUGAAAAUAUAGAGAUCAUAUAUAAAGAAAAAGAGAUGAUGGAAACCAAAUGGUUGUGGUUGAGUGUGUUGUUGUUGUUGCUGUUAGAAGGAUGCAGAUGGUAUGGUACUGAGGCGUGUUGGGAGGAUGAGAGGAUUGCUCUCUUGCAACUCAAACCGUUCUUCAAUCCUCACAACGAUCUGUACAGCUGGGUUGAUGAGAUCAAGGGUUCAGAUUGCUGUCGAUGGGAUAGGGUCGAGUGCAAAACCUCCUCCUCCUCCUCCAGGAAAGUCAUAGGACUCUCUCUUAAUGAUACAAGAUGGUCGGACAACGAAAGAUGGUAUCUUAAUGCCUCCUUGUUUCUUCCUUUCAAGGAACUGAAGCAUCUUUAUUUGACAGGGAAUAACAUCGCUGGUUUUGUUGAAAGUGAAGGUUUUGCAAAGCUAAAUUUGGAGAUCCUUGAUUUAAGUGACAAUUACCUCAAUGAUACAAUUUUGUUAUCUUUGAGUGAGCUUUCAUCUCUUAAGCAUUUAUAUCUAGGAGCAAACUCCUUCAGAGGAUCAAGUCAUGCAAUCGGUAGAGUUAAAAUUGCUCUAAUUAUGAUUAUGAAUGAUAUACAGUAAUUAAAAUAUUAACUUGUGUUUAUUACAGGUUUCCAAUGGCUCUCAAGACUUGGUAAUUUGGAAACUCUUGAUUUAUGGGGCAAUUAUUUGAAAAAUGAUAUAGUGUUUCAUAUGAAUGGUCUUUCAUCUUUAAAGACUUUAAGAUUAAGUGAAAAUCACUUGGAAGGAACCGUUCAUAUUCACGGUAAACUCAUUUUACCUCUAAUUGAUAUUAAAGUCAAUUGUUGUUUCAAGGAAAGCUCUUGCAUAUUAUUUGAUUUUAAUUACUUGUUGAGGUUGAAUAGAAUUGAAUAAUUUGACAAACUUGAAGAACUUGGAUUUAAGCGACAAUAGAAUUGAAAGCUUCCAACCAUCAAAGCAAGGUAUAAAUAUAUAUUUCAAUUCACUGAACU